UCAUGACAUUCUCGCCGUGGAAGCUUCUGACGAACACAACAAGCCGAAGUGUUCUCCCGGCACGGCACCGACGUGUAGCAGUCUCUCAUCACCUCAAAGGCAAAUGGGCGCGUGAGCGCUUCAUACUUGUGCUUGAAUCGAACCUCGCCACUUCGCCCUGGCUCUGACUUGCAUUCGUUCGCCCACGAUGUCUGACGACGGCUCUAAGAAAGUCGCAUGCGACCGCUGUCAUCGGCGAAAGGCAAAAUGUGACAAGAUUCUGCCGCGCUGUUCCUCGUGCGCCAAGGCAGAAGUUCCAUGUACCUACAGUACGAAAGACCCCGUAAUCCGACGUCAAGACAUGGAGAAGCUGGAAAGAAGGCUUUGGCAGAUGGAAGCCAAAAAUGAGGCUUUGUCCAGUCAGCUGCGAGAAGCUCAGCGCCGUAUUACUGCAACAAGUCCUCCGAGUGUGCCCCAGUCGAACUCAGGCCUACAGCAACCGGCAACCAACAACAAUGAAGUCGCAAGUCAGGUCACCUUUCUGAGCUUGGGCGCCGGGGGCGAACGACAGUACCUGGGAUCGACAAGUGGGCUGUUGCUUGCAAGUUUGCUACAGGCGGACAAUCGCGCCAAGGUCCGCGGCGUUCAAGACGACGAAGACUAUAACUCUGGUCGCACUUUCGGUUCUGCAGUUCGUGGGGGUGCCGCCACUCCCGAUGUUGGUUCCUUGCCGUCAGAGAAACUCGCACGAAGUUUGGUGUCGGCAUAUCUAGCGCACGACCAUCUCUGCUAUCCAUUCCUUCAUCCGAAAAGCCUGCUCAGCAGUCUUGAUUCUAUCUAUAGUGACAACUCGUUUUACCGCAAACGGCACGUCGAAGCCUUCACAUUGGACAUGAUCCUGGCCAUCGCAACCGCUCAGGUCUCAAAGUUAGACUGGCAAGUGAUGCCGGAUGCAGAGACCCACCAUGAUAGGGCCAUGAGCAGACUCGGCAUUGUCCUGGGAAAUGGUGGCAGCAUCGCUUUGCAGGCAUUACUCUUGUUGUGUCAGUACAGGAUAGGAAGCGGCCUGUACGACGCCUCAGCCAGUUUAUGGCACCUCGUCGGCACAGCAGCAAGAAUGUGCUUUGAAUUGGGCUUGCAUCGUGAAUCUGUCUACUACUCUCCGGAACCGGCCGCGACAGAGAUCGAUGAGGCAGCAUUUGAGGAUUCCGAGGUCAGGAGAAGAUGCUUCUGGUGCGUCUUAGCUAUGGACAGGAUUACAAGCAUCACUUUGGGUCGACCCCUGGCAAUACACCUGGAUGAUUUCGACACCGAGCUGCCUCGCGCCGAAGCAAAUAUCGUCGUCAGUCCCGAUAAUAAUCUAUCUCCUUCUGAGCCCGUUGGAAGUGCUCCGUAUCAACUUAGAACGGCGAUAUUUGUCCUCAUUGUCCGAUAUCGCUUGAUUUGUGGCAAAGUAUUAACCUCCCUGCACAACGUGAUACGUUCCAAGGCGGACAGUUCUUUCGACUUCGAAAGCAGACGAAGGCAUAUCAUCGAGGAGCUGGAGUCCUGGCGAGCGGACUCAUUCACAUUGCCCAUCGGGGGUUCCCUGAGCGAUUCCGAUAGAUCAAGUUUUCGAUCCCGGGAGUGGUACGAUCUUUUGUACCAGAAUGCCAUCUUGAUGCUCUAUCGACCAUCCCCAUCUUUUCACGAUGUCCUCUCAAGCAUCGAUACACUACAACGCAUUUAUGACGCCUCACAAAAGUCUAUUGCCAUCUACGCCUAUCUGCACAAGUCACGUCGGAUUAACUACACUUCAAUGACACUUCAUGGGGUCUUUAUCGCCGGCCUAUCAUACAUUUAUGCUAUUCGUUCUCAUUUGCAGAUCCGUCGCCGCGAGCUAUUGACUGGCAUCAGUGGACCGUCCCCCGGAGGUUUGUCAGCAGAUCCAACUAUAAACCAGAUGGUGAACACGACACGCGAUUGUUCUAAUGUGCUUGUGGCCGUCAGUGAGAGAUGGAGCACCGCUCGCAAUGCGCAUCAGGUAUUUGGCAGACUGAGUGACGCCCUCUUGAGCGAACUCAUAGAAUUCCAAAGCCAAGCGCGAAAUGGUCUCGGUAACGGCGGCUCCCAAUAUCCCGUUGCCGGUCAAGAACAGGACCAGAAUAUGUCAACGAUGUCGAUCACUCCUGCUGCACGACAACAAUUCUUCUCGUCAACAGCUCCAAACGGCAUGGAUUUCAGCUACCAAGACUGUUUCCAGGAUCUACAGAACCUCUACACCACCUAUGAUUUCGCCAAUGUCUCCAUGAUGCAGGCCUCUCAAGACUGGCUCUACGAGAUUCAAUCGCUCGACCACUCUAUAGGGGCAGGUGCCUAUGUAGACGGAGCGAAUUGAGACAAAAAUAACUUUAGACAUACGCCACGUUAGUUGAAAUAUAUCUUCGGGAGUUUAUAUGCGCCCUCUCUCUAGGACUUAGGAGGAAUGUCGACAUACCUGCUCCUGAGGUAUUCGUCAUUCCUGUUACGAAGGCCAUCUAUACGAAAUGAGAAUGCAAUACCAGCUGAUACGCCAUUCAGAAUGCGACUAUACUCUUGUCAGCUACCCGGAGGAUGCAAGUCG